GUUCUUUCAGGUACCACAAUUGAACAGACUUGAACGAUAAUUCCAUAGAAUGUUGAAUCUUCUGAUAUUCUUACUCAGCUGUUACAAAGUGGUCAAUGGAGAUUAUCGAGAUCCACACUGUAAUGGUAAACAGGUUAUUGUCCACUUGUUUGAGUGGAAGUGGACAGACAUAGCAGACGAAUGUGAGAGGUUCCUCGGCAAGAAGCAGUUUUGUGGAGUUCAGGUUUCACCUCCAAAUGAACACGUUGUGGUCACACACCCAAUGCGUCCGUGGUGGGAGAAGUAUCAACUGGUCAGUUAUAAACUUCACAGCCGGGGAGGAACCGAGGCUGAAUUCAAAGACAUGAUUGUUAGAUGCAAAAAUGUUGGAGUCAGGAUAUACGUGGACGCCGUUGUCAAUCACAUGGCUGGACUAGGGAGAAUUGGAAUAGGGACAGCAGGAAGUCACUUUAAUUCCAGCAAUUACGAUUUUCCUGGAGUCCCAUAUACCCGACAACAUUUCAACACACGAGAUAAGUGUCCGUCCGGAAACGGCGGAGUCGACAAUUAUAGUGACCCUAAGAACGUCCGGAAUUGUUUUCUGGUAGGACUCACUGACUUAGAUCAGAGCCAGGAGUACGUCAGAGAUAAAAUUGCAGAGUACUUCAACCACUGUAUCGACAUAGGCGUGGCGGGAUUUAGAAUCGAUGCUUCCAAACACAUGUGGCCGGGAGAUGUCAAAGCCAUUCAGGACAGGGUCAAGGACCUUCCAGAAGGAGGACGACCGUUCUUUUACCAUGAGGUCAUCGACCAGAACGAUGGGGCCGUGAGAGUUAAUGAGUAUUACGAGUUAGGAUAUGUCACGGAGUUUCGUUACUGUCAAAAGAUUGCAUAUGGAAUUCACGAUUUCGGACAAUUGAAUGACAUGUAUGUUCCGUCUUGGGGAAUGUCGGACCCGAGCCAUGCCUUCGUGUUUGUCGAUAACCAUGACAACCAAAGGGGACACGGAGGUGGAGGUAAUCUAAUAACACACAAAACACCACGUGACUACAAAAUGGCGGUGGCAUUUACACUAGCUUACAAUUAUGGAUUUACAAGAGUCAUGAGCAGCUAUUUCUUUGAUAACUCGGACCAAGGACCCCCAGACAACGCUGACUUUUCAGCAAAAGACGUUACCAUUAACGCUGACGGUUCCUGUGGUAAUGGAUGGGUAUGUGAACACAGGUGGAACCCAAUAGCCAACAUGGCGGUCUUCAGGAACGCCGUGGCGGGAACUGAGAUAAAGAACUGGAGGAAUCAAAAUGAUGAAAUUUCUUUUGCUCGCGGACAGAAAGGUUUCUUUGCUAUGGCCAAACAAGGUCACAUGGACAGGACCUUACAGACGGGGCUACCAGCCGGAGAAUAUUGUGAACUUGUUUCAGACUGCAAGAAGAAAAUCACAGUGGACGGUAGAGGUAACGCCCACAUCGUAAUUGACAACAGUGCAGAACCAAUCAUAGCCUUUAUUGUCAAUGGGCCAACAGGACCCGGGGAUCAUUUAUUUAAUCACUAUCCUUUGCCAACAAAGUUACCUUCUGCGUCUACAACAUCUUCAUCUGGCUUAUCUACUACGGACUCUAUAGGAGUCUCUCCUACAGGAUCAGUUGACUCGUCCACCACGUCUAGCCCAGGGCCAAUAAUAACACCAGGAAACGGCACGUGGGCAAGAACUGUAAUUCUGAUAGAAAAAAUGACGAGAAACGGGGAGGAUCUCUUUAUUGAUGGCGGUAUUAGUCAUGACCAUAGACAGGGAUGCACUCCUGAUGCUAACACCAGUCCUUGUGCUAUACCAAUUAUACACAACAAGGAACCGUCCUUCUACAAUGCCUAUGACGCCUGGAAACAAGGCGACCAUCACCUGGACUGGUAUGGACCGGAAGUAGGUCAGGGUAGUUAUCAAGGCAGGCGACCCACCGGAUCACCGGCCGUAUGGACAACGAAUGACCGAAACAGACAAGAAUACAACCCACUCAACACAUAUGGACCUCAUUAUUGGCUGCUGGAUGUGAUGAUGGAUUGUUCUAAGACGGAGAAUGGUUGGUUUGAAUUUAAAUAUAAAAUUAACAACAACUGGGAAGGUCGGAUACACAACCAACAUUGUGGAGACCCUCCCUAUCGCUCCGAGAACCAUAUGGCUAAAUGUGGCGCCAAAAAUGUCUUUCAACAGAACGGGCAAUGUGAAAUAAAGCCAUUUUAAAAUGUACAAAAA